GCAACGCUGCCUGCGUGCGCGCGCCCGGCGACUGUCGGGUUCUUAUAGUGCCGCGGGCAGCGGUUGCUCGGGGACGGCGGGACGGCGGGACAUGGCGGCCGGUCAGAUCGCGGUGUUGGGGCUCGUGCUGCUGAGUGCCCAGGGUGGCUUCGGGGCAGGGAGCAGGAUCUGGACGAACAUAGACAAUGACGGCUCCAAAACGCGGCUCACCUGUGCCUUGAAUCACAGUGCCACUGAGAUUGUGGGCCACCGCUGGGUGAAGGGGGGCAAGGUGCUGAAGGAGGACGCCCUGCCUGACCUCAAGACAGAGUAUGAGGUGGACUCGGAAGACCGCUCAGGCCAGUACUCGUGCAUCUUCCUUCCGGAGCACGCGGGCCGCACCGAUCUGGAAGUGAGGGGACCCCCCAGCAUCAAGGCCGUGAAGAAGUCGGAGCACGCCACGGAGGGGGAGACUGUGAUCCUGGUCUGCAAAUCGGACUCCUUCCCGCCAGUCAUCAACUGGCUGUGGUACAAGGAGAGUGAAUCUGGGGACCAGGUCAUCACCAACAGCACCCAGAGCAAGUUCUUUGUGGUCUCCUCGGAGAGCCGCACAGAGCUGCACAUCCCCAACGUGGACCUGAAGGAGGACCCCGGCAAGUACGUGUGCAACGGCACCAGCUUGGAGGGCACCAGCCAGGCAGCCAUCACGUUGCGCGUGCGCAACCGCUUUGCUGCCCUCUGGCCCUUCCUGGGCAUCGUGGCUGAGGUGCUUGUGCUGGUCACCAUCAUCUUCAUCUACGAGAAGAGGCGGAAGCCAGACGAGGUCCUGGAUGAUGAAGACAUAGGCUCUGCUCCAUUGAAAAGCAGUGGGAACCCCUUGAAUGACAAAGACAAAGACAAGAAUGUUCGCCAGAGGAACUCCAGCUGAGAGGACCAGGAUGAGUCUACAGGCAGCGCAGAGAACAGCCCCACGCUCUUCCCUCUCUGGAAACCCCCCAGCGAAAGCAGACCGUGUUGUACAUUCAGACUACACAUUUUCUCUCCUUUUUUAAAAACUGAAGUAGGGUUUUCUCUGUGUAGAAUUCUGCUCCUUAGGGGCUUUGCUUUUCUUGUUUAAACAUCUCGUGAGCACCCCAGGCCUCAUGAGGUUUGUGUAAGGCUCCUGCUGCACCCCCUACCCCACUGGUCCCCUGGGCUGUUGGUGUCCUGAUGUAUUCACAGGGCAGGGGUGAAGGCUCCUGUCCAGGUCCAUCUCUGAAGCUGCUGGGCUGGGCUGGAGCCAGGUCCCUGCCCUUUGUGGAAGGUCACAGGAAGGUCCCAGGCUGUGUGCUGUGCCAAGCGUCCUGCCGUGUGGAGCCAGUGUUGUCAGGUCACUGCAGGUCUGACCACGUGGCGGCCUUAAGCGCAUCCCCCUCACCAAUGCCCCAUCUGCACACAGGAGGAAGGUAGUCUGGCCAACAGUCUCAGAGCCGCUGUGCUGGGCCUGAGCUCCACUCCCUACCAUCCUGCUCACAAUAAAGUCUGACCCUCGUC